CAUGUGUUUCUGUCUGUCAGGCCGACCAACUGACAGGCUGACAGACACACAGCAGUGUUCUUUCUAACUUCUCUGCCACUUCCUGUCUUCCUACCUAGACAGGCUGACUGUUUCUUAGUUCAGGGGGUUUGUUUUAAUUGUUUUAAGCUGAGAGGUUGACUGUUGACAGUUAUCUUUCUGACUUUACAGCUCUUCCUCUUAUUCACUUGGACCUUCUGUGUUUUCAUCACUUGGAUUCUACUCUGUCUUCUUAGAUUUUCCUACCUUGUUUUUUUCAUCUCCUCUGAGCAUAUCAUCCUCUCCCUUUCCCCCUUCACCCUCUCUUGUCCUCCCAUCUCCCCACCGUUCCCUCUGUCCUGGUGGUUUUCGGGCUAUGCACCAUGCUCUCUACUCCUACAAUGAUUCUUCAGCCUUACGGACUGCCCGUCUAUCCCCAGGGUGCCCAAUGUUACCCCAGCCUAGUACAGGGAGGCCCUGGGCAGGAGGCCUGCCCCGGCAGUGGUGACCCCACCCUCCCCCAGGUCUAUGCCCAGCCUCCCUCAUACCCUCCACCAGGACAAGCUCCUCCCACACCUGCAGGCAGACUUCCUCCUCUAGACUAUAGUCCCGCCCACCCCAACUCAGAGUACCAGGAGCAUCACCAGCUCAGAGUCUAUCAGGGUCCGCAACAUGAAGGGGCUGACACUCUGGCAGCCAUUAGCACGGACGAUGCCCUGGUUCCGGUGACCUCUGACUCCCAAGCUCUGAGCGUGUCAGUGUCAUCAGGGGGCGGAGCAGGAAGUGGUAGCGAUGAGGAGGGGUCAGGCAAGGCCCAGCCCAAGCGUCUCCACGUUUCCAACAUCCCCUUCCGCUUCAGAGACCCGGACCUCAGACAGAUGUUUGGGCAAUUUGGCAAGAUCCUGGAUGUGGAGAUUAUCUUUAAUGAGAGAGGGUCAAAGGGUUUUGGGUUCGUGACCUUUGAGAGCGCAAUGGAGGCAGACCGAGCUAGGGAAAAACUGAACGGAACGAUCGUUGAGGGGAGGAAGGUUGAAGUGAACAAUGCUACAGCCAGGAUAGUCACCAAGAAGCCCCAAACACCUCUUGUGAAUGGUGAGGUUUCAACCCCUGGAUGGAAGAUCAACCCUGUCAUGGGAGCGAUGUAUGCACCUGAACUCUACACCGGUGAGUUUCAAUUUGCCAGUUUCCCCUACCCCGUAGCUGCUCCCACCCUGGCCUAUCGGGGCUCACCACUGCGUGGGCGGGGCCGGGCUGUCUACAACACAAUUCGCUCAGCUGCUGCAGUCCCACCCACUGCCAUGCCCGCCUACCCUGGAAUGUCUCCUUUCAGUGUGCUGUACCAAGAUGGAUUAUAUGGAGCUGAAGUCUAUGGCGGGUAUCCUGCAGCGUACAGAGUUGCCCAAUCACCAUCCGCUGCCACAGCAACAUACAGUGAUGGAUAUGGCCGAGUUUAUGCUGCUGCAACGGAUCCCUACCACCAUUCAGUGGGACCCACGGCAACAUACGGCGUCGGAACAAUGGCCAGUCUGUACAGAGGAGGAUACAACCGCUUCACCCCUUACUGAGCUGCCCAAUGGGAGCCUGGAAGCCGUUCUGUGACAGGUUAUGACAUCACUGAGCUCUGUGUCACCUCCUGUCUGACUCUCUCCACCCUCCACUUGUCAAAUCCAACCGACUGAACGUGUAAAUAUUGUAGUAGUUAUUAACGAUUUAUUCUAUCAGAGAAUACAUAUAGAAUAAAGAGCCUGAUCUAAUGUAUAGACAGUUAUUUAAAAUCUUUAUUUUACACUUAAUCUGUAUUGUUUGUGCCACAGAUUUGUUCCAGGGUUUCAAAAUGUAAAGAUUUCUGCCUCCGUACCUGGGUUAUAAGCUACUCUUUCACUAUUUUAACAGAGAGAGUUGAAUGUGAGCCAUUUUAUUUUUCAUUGGCUGGACUUCAUGGUGAAAUACUGCAACUCAAGUGGCCCAACAAUACUGGUGUCUCUACAUGUUGACCUUUGUAAAAAAAACGUUUUUGAUCAACGUCUGAGCUUUUGACUUUUCAAGAGUCAAGUUGUAGAGUACAAUGACAUUUUAUACAGUUAAAUUACUUAUUUUUGAUGACACUGGUUUUGUCAAUGAUGUAGAGCACUGUUUGAUAACGUUGAAGUGUGUGUGUGUGUGUGUGUGUGUGUGUGUGUGUGUGUGUGUGUGUGUGUGUGUGUGUGUGUGUGUGUGUGUGUGUGUGUGUGUGUGUGUGUGUGUGUGUGUGUGUGUGUGUGUGUGUGUGUGUGUGUGUGUGUGUGUGUCCGUGUGCUUGUGUGUGGGAGUAUGUGACGACAUUAAUACUCAAAGCACAAGCUAUGAGAGACAGCAAUAGCACUGGUAGUAAUCUUUUUUGAAAUGCUUCUAGAACCCUAAAACUAUAAUUUGCAUAAAAUGUACGUAUGUUUUUGCUUUCCUAACAAUCUACCUCUGAUUCUAAAAAUGUUUCACUUGUCAAAAAAGCAUUCAGGAGCCAUUACUUCUCUCAACUAAUUAACUGUAACAAAACAUUUUUUCUUAUUUUCAUUGUUGAGCUUCUAUCCAUCUUCUCUCUGCUUUACAUAAUGCUCAAUGCUAAAUACUAGCUAUUCGGCAAACUUCCCUAACCCACUUUAUCCUUUUUCUAUGGCAGCCUCAUUCUGGGUUUUCCUCCGCUCUGCCUGACGAGCCUGUAACCUCUAAUGUCCUUUCCCUUAUUUCCUCUGUCCUGUUAAACUCUAUGACGUUGUCUGGUUUCCUCUUCCUGUUCUCUCGCCUGCUUCUCUCCAUUCUGUUUGAGAAUCUGUGUUCCAUCCAUAGAACUAAUCAGAUGAGUUCUAGUUCUAUGGGUCAUCUCUCCUUCUCCAUCCUGUACUCUAGCUUCACUGUUGUUUAUUUGCUGUUGAUCUCUCAAUAAAACAUUGUUUCUGUUUCCCUUUC